AUGUUCGAAUUCUUUGUGACGGCUCAGCGAGCGCAGCAGCAGAAUGAUGGUCUGCAACUCUCUGAACUGCCAGGAUCUAUGACUCUGCUCGCAGAUGGUGAGGAGGUUCUCCUGGCAGUUUCCCCGGCACGGUUGGAUCACGACCGCGCUGGGCAUUGCUGGCCCUCUACAGGACUGCCGCACGAGUUCAGGCAGCCUCACACGCUGCGCGACACGCUGCGCGACGCUGGCUCCAUGCUCAGUUCAUGCUCAGUUCGUCGAAUCGAGGGAUGUCCAGGUCGAGUCGAUAUGAAGGGCACGUCAUGCACAUCCACACAGACUGUGUUGACUGUGUUGCAGCCCUCCUCGGUGCUGCGCGUCACAGGCAAGCCCGGGAGACUUUGA